AUGCUCGCUGGAAUCCCAUCAGCGGCUGCCGUCGCGCCUGCGCCAGUUGCGGUGCACUCGAGCAUGUGUAAGCGCCAACUCCUCCGUCCCUCUCUCCGUCCCCACUCUCCCUCCCUCCGUCCCCUCUCCAUCCCCACUCUCCAUCCCCACUCUCCAUCCCCCAUUCGACCGUGCGGAAGCUCCCCGCUCGCUCCCGGGCUCCUUCCACCCGCUUCCCGUUUUCCGUCCACCUCUUCGAUCCCCCGCUCCGUUUCCCCCGUGCCGUUCCCCCCUCUCCGUCCCGCUCUGCGCCCCCCUCCCUGCUCCCCUGGUUCCUUCCGCGCGCUCCAACCGCUAAGCGCUCUGGGCAAGGCGUUGCGAGUGCCGAGCAGCUAUGGUUGGUUGGGCACGCGCGAGUGCAACGACGGGUGGACGGGCGUCGUGUGCGACGCGGACGGCAAGCCGAUUUCGAUACAAUUCAAGUCAUCAUUUAAUGGAGGAUUCCUCUCUGCUGACGUCACCAAACUCACAUCACUCAAAUCACUGCUUCUUGACCAGGUGAACAUCGGGGGCUUGAUUCCAGCAGGCAUGGAUAGCCUUCAGCUGCUCACCUCGCUGUCUCUGAACGGAAAGUAUUUAAGGGGGCAAGUCCCGCCUGCAUUGGGACAACUCACCAACCUCGUGCAUCUGUCCAUCAAGGGCGGCGAUCUCUUCGGCGGUCUCCCAGAGGAGCUCAGCUCUCUCACGCGCCUCAUCCACCUCGCCAUCGGCUCCAAGCCCUCCUUUAGCCAGCUCACCAACAUUCGAGGACCCCUCCCUGCUGCCUACUCAACCCUCGUGGCCCUACAGUACCUCGACCUGGGCUUUAAUCGCCUCUCAGGCCCGAUCCCCGACUCCUGGGGUGCUCUCCAGAGCCUCUUCUACCUUGUAGUCGGCUACGUCGCGCACAGUACGAGUCGUGCUUGUAAUGAGUACAACAAGACAAUCACGUGCCUGCUGAGUGCUCACAUGCUCCGUGCCGUGCCACCCCCGCCACCCCCACCACCACCGCCACCACCGCCACCACCGCCACCACUGCCACCACUGCCACCACCGCCACCACUGCCACCACUGCCACCACUGCCACCACUGCCACCACCGCCACCGCCGCCACCACCGCCACCACUGCCACCACUGCCACCACUGCCACCACUGCCACCACUGCCACCACUGCCACCACUGCCACCACUGCCUGCCACCACUGCCACCACUGCCACCACUGCCACCACCGCCACCACUGCCACCACUGCCACCACCGCCACCACUGCCACCACCGCCACCACCGCCACCACCGCCACCACCGCCACCACUGCCACCACUGCCACCACCGCCACCACCGUCACCACUGCAACAACUGCCAUGACCUUACAUCACAACUCGCUGCUCUCUCAGCCAAUACCUUGA